UCAAACGUCGGUAUCGCUCGCUUUUUAGGCAACAGUUUCUGACAGUGGUUCUUUUCGUUCAUAGAAGAUUAAAGUAUGAGAGUUGGCUACAUCGAAAUAAGGGAUUAACUUAGUCUUUUUAAACUUUGGUAUAGAAUAUUGUGAAUUUUUAUUCCUGUAUUGUUUGUAACGCUUGGUGGAUCAAAAACAAGUGGCGAAAGUAAUGGCGGCCAAGGAGUGUUUGCAAGUGACAAUAAUCGACACGCUUAUCGAGGAAAAUACACUUGGUGGACUUGUUUUCCUUGCCUUCUUAUUAGCGCUAUUAAUUGGAUUUGUUUUUGGAAUGCUCAUAAUGAGAUAUGUCUUUCGGGAAAUUGAGGAUCACAAUGCAAGAAAGAAGAAAAAACUAUUUUCAAUGUCUGUAAUUGAAGAGGAUAAUAGAGGAAAUAAAAGGAGUCAGUCUUUCAUGAAGAAAAUUGGUAGUAACAGAAUAUUUCCAGUAGAUGACAGUGGUAGUGGAAGCAUUGCAAUAGAAAUGGGUCAUCCCGAGAGGAAAGAUAUUGCGUUGAGUGAAAGAAAUCUUAAUUCACCUGAUGAUGGUCAACUAGUUAGAGAUUGUUCAUUUGCUGAUGCUCUUAUCAAAGGAACAGGGGAAGAAAUGGAAGUUGAAUUGCAAAAUCAAGAUUUUGGCUUUGUCCAGAAAAUGGAACAAAGUAUGAAGGAUGAAAAAAGUGAGACUUUUCUGCGUCUUUUGAAGAUAAUUUUGACUUUCCUGUUAAGUAAGUCAAGAAUCGAUGAAACAUUUAAAAGAACAACACUAGCAAAGUAUGAGCAGAUCAUUGAAGACUUAAAAAGUACUUCCAGAAAGGAAAAUGAAGAAAAGGAGCUCAGGGAAACCUUGGCUGACUCUACCGAUCUGGACAACGCAUUAGAGCAACUACAUUCCAAGUACUCCAAGAAAAGGGAUCUACGGCUGAUUGAGUUGCAAGAGCAAUUUGGCAGAGAUCUGCAAGAUUCCUCAGGAUUGACAGAGGAAGAGGCAGAGCAGAUUUUGUCAAAAUUAAUGUCAAGUUUAGCUGCUGCUGAGAAAAGGCGUUCAGAGGAAAUUAAUCGCCAGACCAUGGUGUUGCGUGAGAGAUUAGCUAAAAGGCAGGUGAUGGCUCAACAAAGAGCUGCAGAUAAGAGAGAAGAAAUUGAAGAAUUCCAAGAAAGAGAAAAACAACCUUAUAAUAUUAUUGCUUUCCUCAAGAAAAGGGGAAAGCUAAUGGACCGUCAGUGCAGCAGGAUUUUGGAAGAAUAUCACGAAGACUUGAAAAACCUUGAAGAAAAGCAUCAACAAGCUGUUUUAAAACAUGAAGCUGAUCUUGCCGUUAGGCUAAGGAGAAAAAGAGACACAAAAAGAAGCAUGCUUUUAAAUGAAUUGGAAGGACAGAAAGAAGAGUUUGAAGCAAAAGCAUCUCACAUGAUCACUGAAGGCGACAUGACAGCUGAUGACUACCUUGAAGCAUUUCACCAACUCACGGUAAUGCAACAAGCAAAAAUAGAAGAGGAAGAAGAGAAUCAUGACAAGCUAGAAGCUGAAGAAUUUCAAGAUCUGGCUUGGCAACUUACCGACCGAUGGAAACGGUCAGUCAGCAAACUUGAAAAUGGGCUGUUUUCGGAAAUAAAACAGCAGGCCAAAUUGUCAUCCAAGGAGGCGGAAAGAAUGAUGAAAAAGCACGAAGAACAACUUGAAGAAUAUACAAACAACAGAACAAGGGAAAGGGAACGACACCAAGCCUUACUUCAAGAAAAGUUAAAUGAAAGAAGAAAAAGAUGGAAAAGAGAGGCUGAAGAAAGAGCACUUGAACAAAACCAAAUGGCAACUGAACAGGAAAAUACACUAAGACAAGUACUCAAUACACAGAUUGGACUGAACGAGCAAUUGAGAAAGCAAGUGCUGCUAGAGCACGAACAGAACAUGAUAGCCUUGAACAACCAUCUCCAGAUAAGCCGCAUAAGACAACAAAAGAAGGUAGAAUAUCGGUUGGCCCAACGUCGUGCUCGUCUGGAAGAGUUAAAGAAAAAAAUGAAUCAAGAAAUAUCGCACAGUAAAGACCAGGGUGACUCAGAGCAAAUGAAGGUCAUUGCCCGAUCACAGAACAUAGAGUAUCAAGCAGAACUGAAAAAAAUGGAAGAAGAGCACCAAGCUGCUCUCGAAGAUCUACGGCGUCGGCUUGCAUCUGAAACAGAAGAAGCUUUAAAAGACCAAGAUGAUCGACUUGGAAAGAUUCUGGGAAAACUGCAGCUUGAAGUUGCUCGCCGUGACGAAAUCAUCAAACACAGAGACGUUGCCAUACGCAACCUUGAGAAAAAAAUUGUAGACACUCUAACUAGAGAAGGUACAAUGGCAGAUGUGCAGACUGAUCGAAUCUUAAAGCAGCACCAAACCCAAGUAGAUCGUCUCAACCAAAACAUAGAAAUGGAAAAAGAGAAGCAGAUGAUGAAGAUUAGAGAAAAAAUUGAAAUGAAACAGCUCAAGAAAGAGAGAAUAAUUGAAGCCAAAAGAGCAAGAGAAAUGGAAGAGAUCAAAGCAAAGGGCGUCAAAACGGCCUCCAGUGCUCUGACUUUAAUUCUUAGAGACCAAGAACACAAAAAGGAUAUGGAGGAGCUGGAAAACGAAAUGCGUCUUGAGCUCAGACGACAAACAGAAUUACUUCACAAAGAAUUGCAGCAGCAGUUUGUAAAAGAUUUGCAGAAAGAGGAAGAGGUGUUUUUGGCAAGAGUUGCAGAAGUUAGCAGCAUCCCAGAGGACGAACUAAUGAUGACAAUCAAAUCAUCGGCAAGGGAAGCGGGAAUGGACUUCAAGUUAACCAAACAAAUCGCCAGGGAUGUACGAAAGCGUGUAAGAAGCACCAGAAAAGCUGAAGACUGACAAGGAAAUCGCUUUUCCUAGGCGGAACCGUCAUUUGUCCGUUUAUUAACCAGACUGCACCCACAGGGUGUCUUCUUAAUAAAACUGUGAGUCCAACGGGUUGGGUGGCUGGUUCGAGCCUUUUAGUCGUGCGGAAAGUACUGUUGUACUAUCAACGUUUGUAAAGUACAAAUAAAUGAAUGUGAUGAUAUA